UAAUUCCAGUGUCUUUUUUUUUUUUUCCUUCAAGGCAAUACGAGCGCUCCUCAUUGACUUCAGGUGUCUUUGAUGGCCCUGACCGUCUGUCUUCUGAUUACAAACCACUUCCACCUCCUGGUUGGAUUUUUCCUGACAGCCCGCCAAAGCAGAAUGCACCGCUAAAGCUCUCCCCAACCUCAGCCCAGCAGGAAACUAUGAAGCUUUUCUCGGUUAAACCAAAAGUGACAUUGGAAAGGAAGAGACAAUAAGAGGAUUAAAGUUUAACCAGAACAUGCGGCUGGGAAAUUGACCUUUGACCAAACAUAAUUAAUCCUGGUGCAGCUUCUCCUUGGAAUGUGAAGAAAUACCGGGCCGUCAGAGGGGGGAAAGCAGAGUGGCACCAGGAGGGAGCGGGAGAGCAUGAAGGAGAGGAAAGGAGGAGCGGAGGAGCAGUUGCCUUGAAGACGGAGGCGGGUCUGUUCACUGUCACAGCACUCCCUCGUGGCGCCUGAGUGAUGGACGUAAUAUUUGGCAGAAAUAAGAAAGAACAAGUGGAGCCUGUGAGGGCCAAAGUGAGAGGCAAGAUUCCAACAUGGCUUCAGGGAAUCCUGCUGCGCAAUGGGCCUGGGAUGCACACAGUGGGGGAGACCAGCUACAACCAUUGGUUUGACGGCCUGGCCUUGCUCCACAGCUUCACCAUCAGAGAUGGUGAAGUCUAUUACAGGAGCAAAUACCUGAGGAGUGACACCUACAACGCCAAUAUCGAGGCAAACAGGAUUGUGGUGUCAGAGUUUGGAACAAUGGCCUAUCCAGACCCCUGCAAAAACAUAUUUUCCAAAGCUUUCUCCUACCUGUCCCACACCAUCCCAGAUUUCACAGACAACUGCCUGAUUAACAUCAUAAAGUGUGGACGAGACUUCUAUGCAACCACAGAGACCAAUUACAUCAGGAAAAUCGACCCACAGACUCUGGAAACUCUGGAAAAGGUUGAUUAUCGAAAAUAUGUGGCUAUAAAUCUGGCAACAGCGCAUCCUCAUUACGAUUCAGCUGGAAAUGUUCUCAACAUGGGCACCUCCAUUGUGGACAAAGGGAAGACGAAAUACGUGAUCUUUAAGAUCCCUGCCGCAGUACCGGACAGGACAAAGGAGAAGAGCCCCCUGAAGCACACGGAGGUGCUCUGCUCCAUCCACUCCCGCUCCCUUCUCAGCCCGAGCUACUACCACAGCUUCGGGAUCACCGAGAACUACAUCGUUUUUCUUGAGCAGCCCUUCAAGUUGGAUAUUCUCAAGCUGGCAACUGCGUACAUCCGGGGAGUGAACUGGGCUUCCUGCCUAACUUUCCACAAGGAGGAGAAGACUCACAUUCACGUCGUCGACCGAAGGACCGGGAAGCCCGUGUCCACCAAGUUUUACACGGACCCCAUGGUGGUCUUCCACCACGUCAAUGCCUACGAAGAGGACGGCUGUCUCCUGUUCGACGCCAUUGCCUACGAGGACAGCAGCCUCUACCAGUGUUUCUACUUGGCCCACUUAAAGAACAACUCUGAAGAGAAUUCCGUGGUCACCUGUGUAUCCGCCCUCAAGAGGUUCGCUGUGCCCCUCUGCGUGGACAAGAAUGCAGAAGUAGGCUCAGAUUUAGUCAAACUGGCAUCUACGACAGCAAGAGCCCUGAAGGAGAAAGAUGACCAAGUCUACUGCCAGCCUGAGUUGCUUUGUGAAGGCUUAGAACUGCCUCAGAUCAAUUAUGCUCACAACGGGAAGCGAUACCGGUAUGUCUUUGCUGCUGAAAUUCAAAGGAGUCCCAUCCCAAACAAGAUGAUCAAAUAUGACAUUCUCACAAAGUCGUCCCUAAAAUGGGAAGAGGAGCACUACUGGCCGGCGGAACCCCUGUUUGUGCCCACGCCAGGCGCCAAAGACGAGGAUGAUGGAAUUAUCUUAUCAGCCAUCAUCUCCUCUGAUCCCCAAAAGCCACCUUUUCUGCUUGUUCUGGAUGCCAAAAGUUUUACGGAACUGGCUCGCGCAUAUGUAGAUGUAGACAUGCACCUGGAUCUCCACGGGUUAUUCAUCCCAGACGCAGACUUGGACCUGAGCAAACGGGCCCCUCCCCAGGACGCCCAGGACGGGGCCUCAGAGCCCUGCGUGGCCUCCCAGACCUGACAGGCUUGGACGGCCCCGCCGGCGGGCUCCCGCAGAACACAGGUGUGAUCCCUCCCGUAACCCUUGUUGGAAAGUUGAUCAAGUAUUGUUAAUCGGCUCUAGCACUUCUGGGAAAGACCUUUUCCUGUAAAGACCACAAUCGUGAAUCAGAACUUACGUUGUCACAUAUUCAUCGUUCUUAGAAGGAGCAACCACCGGCAGAGGAGAGAUAGACGAACAUGCAUCAUUGCUCCUCCCUCCCUCCCCUUUGCUCUCUUCCCUCUCUCCGUUCUUCCCGGUGGACUAGACUGUGCGCCUGGGAGCCCUGGCUUUCUCAGCCAUGCCCUGUUAGCGAAUUAUGUGGCCAGCCCUUUGUGGUCAUUCCAUGCAACGCAUGACGUGAUAUAAAAUAAUAAAAACUUGAAAGUCUGUUCCAACCUUA